GAGUAUAGUAAGGCCCCCAACAGGGUCAAUGACAUGCAGCCGAGUAGGCACCGGUCAGAACUCAGCACCAAGCAGAGCACUCGCCGCCGACCGAUUGCUUGAAUCUAUUCCCACUGCUGCCAUCCCCGUGUUCGCCAGCGCAUUCCAUGCAAUCGAAUCGCAUCACAAUAAUCGUUUCCACAGCGAUCGACCGAAGUCGCCACCUUCCUCGUCAUUGGUGGUGGACAGUGACAGUGAGUGA